AUGCAUGCAUACAGGGGAGGUGUAACGUUGUGUAUAUAUUCCUUAAUGUGUUGGGCCACAUUUUUGAUCUGCUUCAUGAAAAUUAUCGUCUCUUUGGUAAAGAAGGGAAUGGACGGGGUGGGGAUUGAAUGUAGCCAUGCUUUCUUUUGUUUGUUUGCUUGCUUGCUUGCUUUUUCUAUCAUACACACAUUCAGACGGAACAGCAAAACAAUGAACGACGAGGAACUGGAAGAGCUCUUUUCUAUCAGUCAUUACACUACCAUCACACCGACUCCCUCUGCCAAGCUGCGCGAGAAUGAUUCGAUAAACACAAUCCGAAUCGACAGCAGCCGCAAGAAAACAGCCUCUUCUGCCGCCAUACCCCUUCCGGAGACGUUGCCCAUUUCUCCAGAGAUCGAGUUGAAGCUCUUCGACUACCAGAGGGAAGGUGUUCAAUGGCUGUAUGAGAGGCACCGGAAGGGCCGUGGUUGUCUUCUCGCAGACGAAAUGGGGCUUGGUAAAACGGUGCAAAUUGCCUCUUUUGUUGGCGCGCUUUACAUGAGCCAGCUUGUCACAAGUACCAUCAUUGUCGUGCCGCCCACCUUAUUGCCCAUAUGGGGGUUAGCGCUCCAGCAAUGGGGACGCCUGGGUCCACCGGUUGUGGAAGUGAUUCACAAUGAUGCUAAGAACAAACGGCUUCAGCGCUGGCAAAGGCUGAAGCAUGGCACCCCCUGUCUGUUUCUCACAACAUACGGUGUGUUGCGGCAGGACAGUAGUGCUAUGGGGGUGCGAAUGGUCGACUAUGUUAUCAUGGACGAGGCACACUUGAUUAAGGAUGCGUCCACGCAUGUUUUUCAGAGUGCAAUGGCCCUUUCAGCUCGACACCGCAUUGCCAUUACCGGGACCCCUUUAAUGAACAACUUUGAGGACCUGUGGAGUAUUUUUCAUUUUAUUGACGGCUCCAUCCUUGGGACCACACGGGCGGAUUUUCGCUCUAUUAAUGCGGUUUUACUGCGCGGAAAUGAGCGCGAUGCGCUUGAGAAGGAGCGAGGCGACGCGGGAAGGCAGUUGGCACUCAUCCAGGCUGCCAUACGCCCCUUCAUGCUUCGUCGCGACAAGCGUCAAUUGCAGAUGUUACGUGUCGGAAAGAGGGACCUUAUUAUUUGGCUGCGUUUGAACAAUACACAAGAGCAGCAGUACUUCUCUCUCCUCAAAACCGAACGCGUGGACGUGACACUUCGUAGUGCAGACACGUCUCAGCCGCUUGUUCUUCUCACAUCGCUGAUGCGGACGUGUGAUCACCCGUGGCUCAGCCUUAGCGAUGAGGCAUAUCGAGAGGCGAUGCAGAAUCCACUGGCAAUUCCAGAGGCAAACCGCAAUUUCGGUGAUGCCCUCAACAGCUCGAAGAUUUCUUUGGCUAUCGCGUUGGUUGUGAAAUGCAUUGGAGAGCAGCGCAAGACCCUUGUUUUCUCACGGUCAAAACGUCUGUUAGAUCUCUUGGCCGUUGCGCUAAGGUGUUGGUGGAUUGACUUUGCACGCCUGGAUGGCGACGUGCCGGCAGAGGAGCGUCUGAAGACCGUCCAAGGGUUCAACCAGAGUGAGCGCCUAUUAGUCUGUCUCCUCACGACGCAGGUUGGUGGCGUUGGCCUUACCGUCGAAGCCGCCUCAGCAGUCAUCAUAAUGGACCCAAGCUGGAACCCAUCAUCAGACGCACAGGCAAUUGACCGCGUCCACCGCAUCGGCCAGACACGCGACGUUGUUGUGUACCGUCUUAUCACGUGCGGCACUGUGGAGGAAAAAGUGUACCGCAACCAGGUUUUUAAGGUCAUGGCGGCAAAACAAGGUACCUCAGUGAGGGAACAGACGGGGCGUGACAGCGCAGAGUUCUACCGCUACUUUACACGUCUGCAGCUACGAAGCAUGUUUGACGUGGGCACUCUGGACCAAAGUGAGACGGCGGCGCAGUUGGAGUCCCUGCACCCCAACGCCGUGUGUCCGGAGGAGCGCGCUGCGCUGACAUCGCUGCCGUUUGUCUGCGACGUAAGCGACAACAGUUGUGUUCACGUCGAGGCAGUCGUAGAGACGGAGAGGGGCUCCGAUACAUCUCUCACCAUCUCCACCUCGCGUCGCUGUGGCGCGAAACGCAGGCGACCCUCAAGUCUGUCCCCGUCCACUUCAAAUGAAUGCCGUCACGAGCUGCUAAGCCAGGAGGAGGUGUCAGAGAUCCUCCUCCAGUUGGAAGAAGAGAAAACAGAGAGCCAAUCCACCACCGUGCAGUUGUUGCUGACCUCUGAGGAUACCACGACAGUGACAGCGUCUCCCCUGGAUAACAGUGAGGUGUGA